UCUAGAGACUUCAGCAGUACUCUUUACUGGAUUAGACUACACGGCUAAAAGAUAACUCUUUCCUACUACUGUUAACCCCCGUCAUCAGUUGCUUCCGCAAAGGCUGGUCCGAUUGGUUCAAGACAGUCUUGACCUUGAAUACCACACCAGCCAAGAUCCAUCAAACAUCAGAGAACUUAGGGGUUCUGUAAAGAAGAAAAAAGGAGAAGAUAAACUCUGUUCUCUCUAAACUUCCAGUUGCAAUUGCAUGUUUCGCUAGCAAUUUCGCGAUCAUGGCUCCAUCAGAAGCAUCCAUUCUAAGCAAUUUCCUUCUAUCUCCGGCUUCAUUGCCCACAGUUAUCUCCUUGCAACAAUUCACGGAACUCUUUCCAAAGCGCUUGCGCGCUCAUCCGCAUAUCAGAGUUCUUUACCGGGAGCUCCAGCAACUCCGAGAGCAAGACAUGGAUCUGGUCAAUGGAAACAUUGACCAAGAACUCCGUCAAGGGGAGAGCCAAAAAGGAGAACUUCGUAAAUCCAUCCUAAGCACCGGUGUGGAUGGUAUGAGCUCCAAUGAUCAACGUGAAAUUGACAUGGAUAUCCAGUUGUUUGGCCAGACGUCCACCGCUGCGCCCAGCGAUUACCAUUCAGUUUCGAGUCUCCUCUCCACGAUGGAGACAGCCUGUGCUAAUAUUGAGCGCGAAAUUUCUAUGGUUGAUAAAGACGCAAGCACUCUUCUUUCCGAGCUUAAUCUCACAGUAGGUGAAUUGAGCGAUCUGCGCUACGGUAAAACGCAAGGUCCUGUUGGGACAACAAGCGAAGACAUGAUGAACGAAACCAUCAAUGGCCUGGAACAUCUCGAGAAUGCUUGCUAUCACAAGUCUUGAUGACAGUCACCGUGGCGCUCUGAACUUACAGCUGCUGCAGGCGUGAGUCUUUGGUGUACUACGUAAGGCAUUGGAGAAAUC